AUGGCGUACAUGUCGGGGAAAGGCAAUAACCGUCAGACCGCCUUCCUCGCGGCGGCCGGGGGCACCGCGUUGGUGGGAGGCCUCCUUCUCGCUCGCUCGAUCCACAACAGCCGCGCGAGGAAGAAGGUGCUGCAGAUACCGUCGGCGCGGCGAUCCGACCAUACCGACGAGUACUUCGGCCACGUCGUGCGGGAUCCCUACCGAUGGUUGGAACAGGAAGACAGCAUGGAGACCAAAGCGUGGGUGGAAGAACAAACCAAGCACACGGAUGCGUACCUCCAAACGGAACUAGAACCGGGUCGAGGAAAGUUCCUGUCCAGGCUCGAAGAGGUUUUCAACUACGACAAGCACAGCUCCCCCUGGAGGGUGGGCGAGUACUGGUUCUCCUACCUGCAGAAGGGCCUCAGCCCUCAGGCGGUCAUGUACAAGCAGGUUGGGCUGGAUGGCACGCCGGAGGUGCUUCUGGACCCGAACACGCUUAGCAAGGACGGCACUAGCGCUCUGUCGGGGGUGGACUUCUCAAAGGACGGGGACAAGUUGGCCUACGGCAUCAGCGAGAAGGGUUCUGAUUGGUUUUCCGUUCACGUGAAGGACGUGGUUACCGGCAAGGACCUCCCCGACGUGGUGGAUUGGUGCAAGUUCGGAGGUAUCACGUGGGAGGAGGGGGCAAGGGGCUUCUUCUACUCGGCGUUUCCCCGACCCAAGUCAUUGGAGGCCGCCGGCAAGAGCGCCGGCACCGAGGUAGAGGUCGCCACCGGGCACCGCAUCAUGUACCACAAGCUAGGAACCAAGAGCUCAGAAGACCAGCUGGUGUACCAGUCUCCCCUGGACGAGAAGUGGCUCGCCUCCAGCAUCAUGUCCGACGACUGGAAGACCCUAAUCAUCAGCAUCGGAGACAGCUGCGACCCGGUCAACAGGCUCUUCUACCGCGACCUGUCUGCGUUCGACGGGCAUGACGUGGGCACCAUGGGCAAGGUAGUGAAACUGGUGGACAACUUCGACUCCCUCUACGACUAUGUCACCAACGAGGGGAGGACCUUCUGGUUCAGGAGCAACAUGGACGCUCCCAAGUACAAGGUGAUAUCGAUGCAGCUGCCGCCUGCCGGGAGCCCGAUGGAGGAGGACGAGGCUGCUCUCGCACAGAUCCCCAAGACCACCGUGGUGCCGGAGGACGCGAGCGGGGUUCUCAAGGACGCCGCGGUCGUGGCGGGAGACUUGGUCGUGCUCACCUUCGAGAGGGAUGCUUUCAUCCAACUCGAGCUCUUCGGGCUCACCACCCUGGAGAAGAAGGCGGUGCCCGUCCCCGGCAUCGGGACCAUCGGAGGCGUUUCCUCGGACAAAAAAUACGACCACAUAAUGUUCAAGUUCACGAACUUUGUCACACCGGGCACGAUCUACCACGGGACUGUCAGCAAGGGGGAGGGGGGCGGCGGCACCGCGGACGUGUCUCUGAAGGUGUACCGCGAGACCAAGGUGCCGGGUAUCACGUCCACCGACUUCGAAACGAAGCAGGUUCGAUACAAGAGCAAGGACGGCACCGUGGUGCCCAUGUUCGUCGUGGGGCGCAGGGGGGCCGAGGGUGCUUCGCCGUGCCUGCUCUACGGGUACGGCGGCUUCAACAUCUCGCUCAACCCCAGCUUCUCUGCGGCGAGGCUGCUCUUCAUCAAGCACUACGGGGCAAGGUUUUGCUUGGCGAACAUCCGGGGUGGGGGCGAGUACGGCGAGGAGUGGCACUCUGGCGGAACACUCAACCAAAAGCAGAACGUGUUCGACGAUUUCAUGUACGCCGCCAAGUACCUUCCAGCCAAAGGGUACACCACCAAGGACCAGCUGGCCAUCAUGGGGGGCUCCAACGGAGGACUGCUGGUGGGGGCGUGCGUGAACCAACACCCGGAGUUGUUCGGCGCAGCAGUCGCCCAGGUGGGCGUGAUGGACAUGCUGCGUUUCGACGAGUUCACGAUCGGCUACGCGUGGCGAAGCGACUUCGGCAGCUCCAAGGCAACCGAGGAACAGUUCAAGACGCUUCGGGCAUACUCGCCGGUGCACAACGUGGACCCGAAAUCACCGCCCUACCCGGCAGUUCUGUUAACUACAGGAGACCACGACGACAGGGUGUGCCCGUUGCACAGCUACAAGUACAUCGCGGAGCUGCAGCACACGAUCGGCUCUAGGCCCGGGGAGAAGAAGCCCCUCCUGAUCCGGAUAGACAGAGACAGCGGCCACGGCGGGGGCAAGCCGACCGCAAAGGUGCUGGCGGAGGCUGCGGACACGUACGCGUUCAUCGCCAAGCACACGGGGGCAUCAUGGACACCGUGAGGGGCCAUCCCAAUUUUCCUCUUCUUCCCAUCGUGACAUUCGCGCUUGAAAGCGGGGUAGAGGGUAGAAGUCGGUGCGCUUUGCUCGGCUUUUGAGCGUCCUCGAUAGAGCAAGAGUGUGACCUAUUUUGUGUGCCGCUGCCGUCACGUUUCGGAAUCCGGCUUGGGUGUGAGGUUGGGAAUCGGGUUGUUGUAAAGUGCAUCCGGGAUAUUUUACCUGGUUUAGGGGGUCCUGGAAUGCACUGCCGUGUCACCAGCAGCAGCAGCAGCAGCUGCGUAGAACAGCCGUCCGUAGACAGGGAGGCACGAAGGUACAGGGGGGGUUGUGCUUUUACCGCACUUCCGGCUGCGUGUGCUGACGCUUUCAGCGAGAUCUCGUGCUCACGUGCUUGUACACGGGUGGGGAGGGAUCGAGCGUUUUGUCACGUACGGACGGAAAUUACAGCAUGAUAGCCGCACCGUGUUGUUGUUGUUGUUGUUGCCGAGGAGAGUAGAGAGAGGCGAGGCUCGCUUGCGUUGCACGCGCGAACGUACUGGCGGUCGGGCGUGAAACGAGUCUAGGUUUAGAACAGCUGCUGGCGUCGAACAAUCUACGAGAACGAAGUG